GGAUGGGUCAGCUUUCGGAGUUUCAUGGCUGGACCCUGGUGCCGCACUCGCAGCUUCCGUCGCUGCGGACAGGCUUCCUUCCAUUCGACCCAGAUAAAGCGCUUUGCGCCGGCGGCGGCGCUUGGUACGACUGUCGACUGAACAAAUGGGGGGACAAAGUCGUGGCUUGUGAGAAAUGGUGCGGUCUCCCACCAUUAUUGCCAGUAUUCUGGCAGAAAACUAUGUACACCGACUGCGCCUUUGAGAACACCCAUCCAGAGGAUGGUGGUGCCCCCCAGUGGAUGCAUUGGUGUAUCGUUGAUUUCCCACUCGCGCGGAGGUACGUGGAAAUCUCCUGGGUAGCUUGGUGAAUUUGUUGCCCGUCUCCCAUCUGUGCCUCUUGUGGACUUCCAGCUGUCGGAUCAGAGGAAGGGAUGUUGAAGAAAAGCACGUCUAGUCCGAGCCAUACCGAAGAUUCAUAGAAGACUCACAAGCUACGGCAAAGGUCACUCCUUAAUGACCUUGUGGGGGGCGCGGUCGACGAUAUUAUGGGCAAGCUCGGAAAAUACGAGCCUUGGCGCGGCUGGCCCUUUCGGGGGGUGCACCCCACACCGGCGGACCCCAAUGGUGGGUUGCCUCCAGAUGCCUCGCGAACCAUCACGAAGAUUUGCUGUGAAAAGCCGAUGCGGAAAUGCAUCACAAUCGGCGAGCCUACGGUGGUGGUUCGCGCUCUACCAAUCGUGAUACCAGACUUGGCAGGCGAUGCCACGAGAAAGGUCCUAUGGGCGGCGCGCCGCUGGCGUCCAGGUUGCAAUUUGAAGGACCUCGAAACGUUCCUGUGAGAUGGGUGGACCACAUGCCACAAAGUUGGAUGUUUUUUGCGCUUCGACCCGCCGUCAAAA